UUUUUUUAGAAUGACGGGCAAUGUACUGUUCGGCCGGGUACUCUAUACAGUCUUUAUCAAGUGAACUGGGACCUACGCCAUCAUACCUUGCCGGCUAUUUAGGGUUCAGCCUUUGCGAGAAGAGCACACAUAGGGACGUGAACUCGUCUUCUCAUAGAGUGGCUUUCGACUAAGGAGCUCCAUCUUGGGAGAAAUACCAACUAUGUGCAGUAUACAUAUACGCCGCUCUUUUCCGGUCACAUUGUUUCAGGCUUAUUUUUGUGCUCGCGGAAAGAAUGCAUACGCCGUUGGUUGUCUGGUUAUUGGAUGUUUAGGGACAAUCUCGAUAAUGAUGAUAAGCUGCAGUGACAAGAUAGUCAUUUUACAUGCAAGAACGAGGCCCAUACGGACCAUCUCUGUUAAACCUACUUGCUUGAAUCAAACGCGGCUUGUAAGCUGGAGGUUCCAUUACAUCAUGGAUGAAAACCUGAAUCGGCAUACUAGGAUGACUGAGGCUCAGAUGAUUUUCUAACUGUCUCUACGUUUACCAUUAAUUCUUCCCUUUUUCUGUGUUCAACUCAACGCCAGAUAAUAAAGGAGACGGAAACUGAAUAAAAAGUGAGGACGCAGGGAAAGCAGACGUAUUUUGGACUCUAUACCUUUAAGGGUUACUUUAUCGCAGGAACGGGAACUGAGCUGGGCCUAACCUUGGAGGUAGGAUUCCGGUCGUACUAUGUGCGGCCGCAAAGGGCUGGUCGAGCUGAAUGGAUUUGGAUUUAGGACUAUGACUUGUUCAUGAAGGAUUGUUCGAGGCGAGCGGACCUUGGGCUCUCCUUUCUAGUCGAAAUGCAUGAUUUCUGUUCAAGACAUUGUCCGCUAAGGGAUGUUUGAG